AUGAAGGAUUGGCUGAGAAAAAAAAACAAAAAGAUAUUGCUAAUGAACUGGGGGAUACCUCCUUCCACUUUAAGAACUUUAUUGAAAAACAGACAUGAAAUAGAACAAAGCAGCUUGUUAGGUGGCAGCAAACGACAAAAAUUAAAACACGGGAAGUAUGAAGAGUUGGAAAAUAUUUUAUUGGAGUGGUUUCAACAAGCUCGUAGUUUAAAUUAUCCAAUAAAUGGAGGUAUAAUCACGGAAAAGGCGAUGGAGAUUGCCGCACGUCUCAACUUAACCGAAUUUAGUGGAUCGACUGGUUGGCUGGAUAGAUUUCGGAGUAGGCAUAGCAUUGUGUACCGGCAAAUAUCAGGUGAGGCUGAAUCUGUUAAUAAUGAUGAUAUAGCUUCAUGGAAAAAUAACGUGUUGCCUUCAUUACUGCGUGACUAUGCUCCUGACGAUGUAUACAACGCUGAUGAAUUCGGAUUGUUUUUUAAGCUUAUGCCAGAUAAGUCUUUUGUUUUUAAAAAUGAGACAUGCCAUGGUGGAAAGUUGAGCAAGGAACGUCUCACGGUUUUAGUAUGUACAAAUUCUACCGGAACCCAUAAAUUGAAGUUGGUCGUCAUUGGAAAAAGUAGGUCUCCUCGCUGUUUCAAAAAUGUUCGUACGUUUCCAUGUGAAUACCUUGCUCAAAGUCGUGCUUGGAUGACAGGAAUACUAUUCAUAAACUGGAUUCAACAGCUAGAUGCAUUUUUCGGUAAACAAAAGAGAAAAAUUAUUCUAUUCGUCGACAAUUGUCCGGCUCACCCUAAAGAUAUCCCUACUACCAAUAUAAAACUUGUUUUCUUUCCACCAAAUACUACAUCUAAGUUACAACCCCUAGAUCAGGGUAUCAUUAAAGUGAUAAAACAAAAGUACCGAAAAAAGUUAGUUCAGCGGUACUUGAGAGACAUGGAGAGUACCAACCAAAUUUCAACUAAAGUUAACGUUUUGGACUCCAUACAUUACGUUAGUGCCGCUUGGGAUGAAAUUAAACCAGAUGUAAUAAUAAACUGUUUUCGGAAAGCUGCAUUUGGUAUGUUGAACAACUCUGAACAGGCUGAUAGCUCACCUUUAAAAGAAGAGGACUUUCAGCUUCUGCAAAAUUUUGCUGAUUAUGCAACAGUAGAUGAUGAACUCGUAACCAGUAGCACUCGGACUUUAGAUGAAAUAAUCGCUGAUACGAACUUAGUGGACAAUGAGAAAGAAGACGACGACGAUCAAGAAGAAGAAGAUCAAGACUUUCCAGUAUCUACUCCUACAAUAACUACUGGUUUGCAACAUUUAUCGGAAAUUCGGAAAGUAUUAUUCUGUGUUGAAAAUUCCGAAGAAAUGUUAGGUUGUCUUAAUAAAAUUGAAAACUUUCUUGCUGAAACACAUUGUCAGAACCUUAAACAAUCAAAAAUAGAUCAUUUUUUUAAUAAACAAUAA